AUGUCCUUUUCUCAAGAACCAAUCCCUGAGGUUCGCUCGGAAUGGUCGAUUGCGGCACACGGGCCAGACACUCCGUUCAGGCACUGGACAGUAAUGCAAAAGUACAUCAGUGAUCUUAUCCAAAGGAAUGGAUAUCAGGAUUACGUCGAGUACAACACGACCGUCGAAAGGAUCGAGAAGGAAGGAGACCAGUGGAAGAUCAUCCUCAGAAAAGAAGGCGCGGAAAGUGACUAUUGGUGGAAAGAGUAUUUCGACGCAGUUGUGGUUGCAAGCGGGCACUACAGUGUGCCUUACAUUCCUUACAUCGAAGGGCUUGAGGAUCUCGAGCUGCAACGGCCGGGCAGCAUCCUCCAUUCGAAGAUGUACCGAGGACGCGAAGCAUUUCGCGGGAAGCGUGUUGUCGUGGUGGGGGCUUCGGUAUCUGCGGCGGAUAUUGCGGUAGAUCUUGCGGGAGUGGCUCAGUCGCCAGUGCAUGCAGUGGUCUUGGGGCACAAAGCCAACGUUUACUUUGGCGACGUUGCAUUCAAGCAUCCAGAGAUCAAGGAGCAGCGGUCAAUCUCACACAUCGAUACCUCUCGGACUGUCCAUUUCGAAGAUGGCGGCCGCGUCGAUGACGUUGACCACAUCAUCUUCGGCACCGGAUACUCGUGGUCGCUGCCAUUCCUCCCCGGGGUGGAGAAGGACCCGACACUGCUGUUUGUCGGCGCUGUUGGAGCAGGGUUAACAUUCAAGAUUUUCGAAUGGCAGGCCGUGUUGGCGGCCAGAAUUCUCGCUGGACGGGCAAGACUACCGCCUCUUGAAGAGCAGCAACGAUGGGAGGCCGAUCGGAUCGCGGCAAGGGGAGACGGAGGGGGAUUCACGCUCGUAUUCCCAGAGUUCGAAGCCUACUUCGAGACAGUGCGUGCUCUUGCCGGACCCGGGGUGGAAGGCAAGGGUAGACAGUUGCCGAAAUUCGAGCAGGCGUGGUUCGACGCCUUCAUGGCAGGGCACGAGAGACGCAAAGCUUUGUGGAAGCGAUGGAAUGCGGAGGGCAGGCGGGCCAAACUGUAG